CGCUCUUCUGUUCAAUGAUUUCUGGAAGAGAAGUGCAGGUCGCUUGGCUAGCGAAGACAGGGCCGAUAAAGAGGCAGCUGUCCAUAAUGGAACAGCGGCAGGUGGGCCCGCUCUUGAUACUGAUACAGCACUGGAUAAGAAGAGGACGGCGAUUUCUUCCUCGGGAUAUGAUUAUGAGGUGUUCUUGAGUUUUAGAGGAACGGAUACCUGAGCGGGCAUCACCAAUUUCCUCUACACAAGCCUAGUGGAUGCGGGGAUCCGUACGUACAGAGACGAUAAAGAUCUCCCAUGUGGGCAAGAGGUUGGCCCGGAGCUCCUUAAAGCAAUCCGCCAGUCGAAGAUUUCCAUACCCAUCUUCUCGAAAGGCUAUGCCUCUAGUAGAUGGUGUCUCGAGGAGUUGGCCCACAUAGUGAAGUGCAAGAAGACUCGGGGGCAGAUCAUCAUGCCUAUUUUCUAUGAUGUGAUGCCUUUGGAGGUCCGACUGCGGACCGGUGUCUAUGUGGAGGCCUUGUCUUUGCAUGAAACCAAGAAGCGAUACAGUGACGAGACUAUUCGAGAGUGGAAGGGGGCUCUCGAAGAGGCCGGAAACAUAAGGGGCUACGACCUGCAGAGCAUGCGCAACAGGGGCGAAGGUGAGUUCGCGAAGCAGGUAGUCCAGGACGUUCUCGUUGCAUUGAAGAAACCUUACUUGGUAGUAUCUGACUGCUUGGUUGGAAUGGACCAUCAUGUGGGUGAAAUUAUGCAAAGGAUGGGCACUCAGAUACAGGAAACACGGAUUGUUGGAAUCUACGGAAUGGGUGGUGUUGGAAAGACAACUCUUGCCAAAUUAAUCUACAAUCAACUCUCGCCUGAUUUUGAGAAUUGCUGUUUCCUCUCCAACAUUCGAGAAACUUCGGAGCUCUAUGGUGUCGAGUGGGUGCAGAAUCAGCUCCUCUCAGGGGUUCUCAAACAGAAUUCGCCCAUCAUCGAAAAUAGCAGUGAAGGGAGUAAGAUGAUCGAAGAAAGGUUAAGAAGUAAAAAGGUUCUUCUUCUUCUCGACGAUGUUGACAGUGAGAUUCAACUGAAUGCACUUAUGGGCAAGCGUGACUGGUUUGGUGAAGGAAGCAAACUUAUAAUUACAACUAGAAACAGCGACCUUCUCAAUUAUCACGAAGUGGAUUAUACUCAUGAUCUUACUUGUAUGAAUUUGGACCAAUCUAUGCAACUGUUUAGUAGACAUGCUUUCAGAAGAGAGAGUCCGUUGGAUGAGUAUGUCACCCUCUCCAAAAAGGCAGUGGACAUUGCUGGAGGCCUGCCUCUUGCGCUUGAGGUUAUAGGUUCACUUUUAUCACACACCAAUAAAGAAAGGUGGGAUGACAAGCUGGAGGCAUUCAAAAGGGCCCCUCGUGAAGUUCAGAGCAAGCUGAAAGUAAGUUAUGACGCCUUGGAUGAUUGGCAAAAACAUAUCUUCCUCGACAUAGGUUGUCUAUUUAUUGGAGGGGAUGUCGAUACUGUGAUUCAUGCGUGGGAUGAGGAUAAGUAUUCCCCGAGAGAAACCAUAGAAUUUCUGCAGCACUUGUCUUUGAUAAAGAUUGAAAAAGAUAAAAAGCUGGGGAUGCAUGAUCAUCUGAGAGACCUCGCAAGGGAAAUCACUCGUCAGGAAUGUAAAAGGCGAGAUACAAACCAGAGGAGGGUGUGGGAUCACAAGGAAGCAUUUGAAUUGCUAAAGACACGCGAGUUAAAACCGUUAAAAUUCAUAAACCAAUAA